ACAGCCUACAGGUGGCCCUUAGCCCAGUGGGCUACAUUCCUUGUACCGUACCUGUCUGGCAAAGCUCGGGCUGCAUACGUCGCCAUGAAUCCUUAUGAAGCCGGGGACUACUUCAAGGUGAAGAAUGCCAUCUUAGCCAAAUAUGAGAUAAACGCCGAAAGCUACCGAACACGGUUCAGGGAGCCGAACAUUCAAUCUGGUGAGACGCAGAAAGAAUUCUACAAGCGGCUGAAGGACUUGUACCAAAAAUGGAUUCGCCCAGCGGAGCACACUGUGGAAGAAAUCGGUGAAGUGCUCAUUCUGGAACAAUUCUUGCGCUCACUCUCCCCGGAGGUAAGAGUGUGGGUCAAAGAGCACAACCCCAGCACAGGCCUGAAGGUCGCAGAGCUCGUGGAUAGUUACCUGUCAGCCCGCCGCGGACCGAAGGACUUCAGAUUCCAAGGCCCCAACAGAGCACCUCAACCUCCGAAGGGUAAGUCUGUGGGAUAUGGGAGUGGAGUUGGUCCUGGUCCGGGGAGUGGUACACAGAGUAGGGGCCCAAGCACUAGACAUUACAUGCCUCAACACCCCUCUCAGCCUAGACCUACUGACACAUCCACAACACACAAUACACCUGCUAACACACAGGCUGUAUGUCAUUAUUGUGGUAAGCCAGGUCACUGGGCUAGAGUUUGUCCUCUGAAGAAGGUUAGGGGUGCUACUUGCAGUAUGGUUUCUGUGCCUAGACCUAUGACUGAUGCUGUGUAUGCUGACAGUGUGCCAGUAAUGGGUGUGAUUGUGAAUGAUAAACCGGCAAGGGCUCUCCUGGACACAGGCAGCACCCACACUUUGGUGCAACCUCACCUGGUUCAGCAGCCUGAAGCUUUGACUGGCGAGAAACUGCGAGUAGUGUGUGUGAAUGGUGAUGUCCAUGAAUACCCCAUAGCACUUGUGUCUGUUAAAGUGCAAGAUCAGAUGUUCAGGUGAGAAGCCGGGGUUGUUAAAGGCUUGAAUUACCCUGUGGUCUUAGGUCAGGAUGUGGUGAUUCUGCCAGACCUGGUGCAGGCUUCUCUCCCAAUGAGUUGCGUUGCAACCAGGGCACAGGCUAAAAAGGCGCAGGAGUUGUUACGUGAAAUGCCAUACAGUGGAGAAGAUUUUGGUUCCCCUGUAAAAAUGAGAGACAGGAAGACACGCCGACAGCGUAGGCAUGACAAACUAGUUGGCACAGUCAAAGUCAUGUCUGGUGAAGAGCUAGCGGCAGUUCCUGAUGCAGGGAAGGAGAUGUGGCAAGUUUCUGAUGAUCUAUA